CCAUCUCUGUGUCUUGUUCUCUUCCCUCACCAAGGAGAGAAGGGGAUGGCAACGGCAAUGGCGUUGGUGGUGGUGUUCCUGCUCGCUGCCAACGUGGGGCUGUCGGAGGGUGCGGUGUACAAGGUGGGAGAUUCUGCAGGAUGGACCCUCUUGGGGAACCCAAACUACACCGCCUGGGCCUUGUCCAAGAACUUCCAAGUGGGAGACACCAUUGUGUUCGAGUACAAUAAGGAGUAUCAUAAUGUGGUUGAGGUGAAAAAACAUGACUACGAUUGCUGCAGUGAAAAAUCUCCUAUCGCCACCUAUGCCACCGGCAAUGACUCCAUCACCCUCAAGACCAAAGGUCACCACUACUUCCUCUGUGGCAUCCCUGGGCACUGCACUGCUGGCCAGAAGGUGGACAUCAAAGUCUCCUCCUGUGCUGCCCCUGCCACCUCCCCCGCUCCCUCGCCUCCUUCCAUCUCUCCUGCUACUCCUCCCCCCUCUUCCGGUGGUGGUGGUGGUGGCGGUGGUGCUGGUGGAGGUGUCUCCACCCCGGGAGCUGCCCCUGGAGCUAGUACUGGUACAAGAGCUGUUCCUGGGGGCAUUGCUCUUCUUCUUGCUGUGUUUUCAUGCGCGGCUAUAUAUGGUGGCCUUGUUUGGCAUUAUUAGUUGAGUUAUCAGAAGAAAUAAGAUACGAUUGUUUCGACAAUAAACGAUAUGCAUGGCAUCUGAUUAGUAGGAAUGAGAACAUAUCGAGAGUCGCUCUGUUAUUUUGCAUAUCAACCCAAGAUUUCAAUUGUUGGUGAUGGUCAAUUAGAAUUAUGAAUCAGUAAUGAAGAUGACCAUGAAGAACAGUCUUGGUAAUUAGACUUUUUAUUUCUGAUUUGCAUGGUAUCUCAAAUUGGUGGUGGAUAGUCAGAAUUUUGUUGAAUAUAUGUCAUCUA